AUGUCUCCAACAAAUUUCAAUGCCGCGAAGCGCAAAGCGUCGACCGCAUUUAAGCCUCCCCGUCCUUCCAACAAGACUGCUCCAAAAUCCAAUACGAAACAAUCCGCUAACGGCCGACGUAAACACGAACGUGCCCCCCAGCUCAUCUCUUCCGACGACGAGGAUGAUGACGACGAUGACGAUGAAGAUGAUCACUUAAUGCAAUCAUCAGUUUCCGCACACUCCUCGAAUCGUGAGAAUUUGGACCAGCAGUCGGACUCUCAGCCAGACCCAACGCUCUCCUCAAGCAAUCCACCACCCACCAUUCCCCCAGCGUUGCUGACGAAACUGCUACAUCAUCAUUUCAAAGACAGAGAUGGCGUCAGUGCCGGAGAUGUGAGGAUAGGAAAGGACGCUAUGGCUGUUGUGGGAAAAUACAUAGAGACAUUUGUACGAGAGGCGAUCGCAAGGGCAGCGUUUGAAAGACAGGAAGAGAUUGAUCAACGCGUGGCCAAAGGUGGUAGGAGGGAGGUUGGCGACGACUUUCUGGAGGUUAGUAUCUGGUUGGGUUUUGAGGCAUUUGGAAGGCGCGAGCAGCUGAUGUGGUUAUUUGGUUAG